AUGACUCCUCUUCGCGGAAAAGUCGCCUUCGUCACAGGGGCUAACGGCAUUACUGGAAAUGCUCUCGUUGAACAUUUGAUCCGCCAGCCUGAAUCAGAAUGGUCAGAGAUCAUAAUCACCUCGAGGCGGCGUCCAACUCAAGUCUUCUGGCAAGAUCACCGAAUCCGAUUCAUUGCCUUGGAUUUCCUGAGACCACUUGAGGAGUUGAUCGAGGCUAUGAGGCCAUUGUGCCAUCACGUCACACAUGCCUUUUUUGCGUCAUAUGUUCAUUGUGCGGACUUUUCCAAGCUACGCGAAUCUAAUGUCCCAUUGUUCGAGAAUUUCCUCAAGUCUAUCGACUACGUUGCCGGUACAUCGCUCGAAAGAGUCGUUCUCCAUACCGGGGGCAAGCACAAUGGCGUUCACCUUGGUCCUGUUGAGGCUCCCAUUCACGAGGGCAUGCAGCGAUAUCAAGACCACGGAGAGAACUUUUACUACCCUCAGGAAGAUUUUAUGUUCGAGCUGGCCUCAAAGCGCAACUGGGACUGGAACAUCAUUCGGCCCAACGCCAUCAUCGGCUUCACCCCAGCUGGGAAUGGCAUGUCAGCCGCACUGACACUGGCCAUCUACAUACUCUGCUGCCGUGAGGCUGGCGAAGUACCCGCUUUCCCUGGCAACAAGUUCUUCUGGAACUCAGUAGACGACAGUUCCUAUGCCCCGAGUAUCGCAGAUAUGAGUCUCUGGGCAGCAACAGGUGAACAGACAAAAAAUGAGUCUUUCGUCCAUACCAGCGGUGACGUAAUCGUCUGGAAACACUUUUGGCCAAAGUUGACCAGAUACUAUGGUGUUGAGCUUCCCGAGGAAGCAUACGCAUGCAAAGCAGAAGGCGAUGAUCAGCGCAUGACACACAGCUUCCGCAUGGCCGAUUGGGCCACAGGCAAGAAGGAUGUCUGGCAACGAAUAGUGACGAAAUACGGCGGAAACCCCGAUGCUUUCGACUGGGGUACUUGGGACUUCUUUGACUGGGCUUUGGGGAAGGCAUGGUACACGAUAGGCAGUGUUUCCAAGGCUCGCAAGUUUGGUUGGAAGCGGUACGAUGACAGCCUGGAUGCCUGGACACAGACGUUCCGCUCCUUUGAGAACGCCGGUAUUCUGCCAGCCACAAUACCUCUGCUACCUGUCGAUGUGCACUCGCUGCCCCUUCUCCCCAACCCAGCUGAUGUUGUCAAUGCGAGGUUGGCAAGAAAGACUGAGUCGGUGAAAGCCGCUGCGAAUAUUGAGGGAAAGCCGGAAGCUAUCCAUGUCGAAACAGUCAACGGGCAUCUUUCUAUGAGCAAUGUUACAGCAGCAUAG